GUUGUUUCAGUUCUGAAAUAUCGCAGUUAAGGUCAAACCAAAAUGUGAAGGUAGAUUCUAAAAUCAAAGAUUUGAAACCAUUCUUAGAUGAAAAUGGUCUAAUAAGUGUUGGGGGAAGACUGCAGAAUUCAGAUCUUAGUUUCAGAGAACAACACCCUUGGAUACUACCGACAAAUCACAAGUAUUCUGAACUAUUAGUUCAGUCAUGUCACGAAAGAGUGAUGCAUUCUGGUGUAAGAGACACAUUAACUCAAGUUAGAGAACAAUAUUGGAUUUUGAGAGGCAGACAGCUUGUAAGAAACAUUGUUUCAAAAUGUUACAUUUGCAAAAAACUAAAGGUUAAGGCAGCACAACAGAUUACUGCUCCCUUACCUCGAGACAGAGUAAUAGAAUCACCUCCUUUUGAAGUUACUGGUGUAGAUUUUGCUGGACCCUUAUAUGUUAAAACUAAGGACGGGUCUGUAAAAUCAUAUAUAGCACUGUUUACAUGUGCAGUGACAAGAGCAGUACACUUAGAGUUGGUCUCAGAUCAGACUACAGAGAAUUUCUUAUUGGCCUUAAAGAGAUUCAUUGCAAGACGAGGUCUAUGUAGGGUCAUUUACUCUGACAAUGCUAGAACAUUCAAAAGGGCUGACAAAGAUUUAAAAGAGCUUUGGCAAAAUAUCUUAGGAUCGACACUCACAGAGUUUUUCACUGACAAGGGAAUCACGUGGAAGUUUAUCGCUGAGCGAGCAGCUUGGUGGGGGGGAUUCUGGGAAAGGCUUGUGAGAUCUGUAAAACCAUGCUUAAGAAAGGUACUGGGGAAAGCAUCUUUGAGUUUUGAGGAGCUCACAACUGUUCUUACUGAAGUUGAGGCAGUGUUGAACUCUAGGCCUCUGUCCUAUGUAACUAGUGAUGCAUUAGAGCCCCAGCCACUUACCCCAUCUCAUUUCCUAGUUGGUAAACGCUUAACUUCCUUGCCACCAAAGAUUAGUCCUUCACCUCACCUAAAUCAGGUUCUCACUGCAAACCGCGAACAGCUAGGUAGGAGGUGGAAAUACCAACAGAAACUUUUGAUAGGCUUUUGCAAACGCUGGCGCAGAGAUUAUUUGAUGGACUUAAAAUCAGCCCACAGGGUGAACAGUCCUACUCCAACGCUACUUAAAGUAGGAGGUGUAGUUCUCUUGGGAGAAGACAAUACACCCAGACAGACAUGGAAAAUGGGUAGAAUCGUAGAGGUCUUUCCAGGCAGGGAUGGUCUCAUACGUUCAUGCAAUGUUCAUACUUCGACUGGUGGCUUGUUACGCAGGCCUAUUCAGUUAUUCUAUCCUUUAGAGGUAUCUUAAAUGAAAGGUAAAUCCUAUACAGAUGAACAGUUGUUCAUCGGG